AUGGGCUCAGACGCCGAGUCCAUCAGUCAGCCUAAACGUAGAGACAACGAAUCUUCGUCCGCAAACCCUACUCCUCUCUCAAAUACACCCACCUCUUUCCGCUUAGCAACUGGUGAUCAACUCCUCAAGGAGGGAAGCAUAGCUAAAGAGCAUGGAGAAAACAGUACGUACGGCGUACAGAGCCUACAGGAUGCGACUCGCGAGACUUCUCCAGACAUGUCCGAUCAGAGACACCCAGUUGAUUAUGAUGGGCCAGGAAGCAAGAGUGAUGUUGUUGAGGGACAUUCGAUGCUAUCUACGUUGAAGCCUCAAGCCAAGUCACGUCAGAGUAGUGUCGUUUCUCAAGAUACAUCGCAAGAACCUUCAGCGGAAACGGGCAACUCGUCGCCCUCACAUCCUCACCUCCAGUUGCACACCUCAAGCUUAGCGCCUUCUUUAACUUCACUCUCACUUGAUUCUCAAGCCCCACUCUCAUCUCUGGCUAGCAGCCCUAAAACUGAUUCGAGCCGAUCCCUUAGGCCCUCGGAUGAAGACCUAGACGAAGGUGGUAGCCAAGCGAUUGCAUCCAGUAGUGAAGAUGAAGCCCUCCGUGUGGCAGAUUUGCAGGACAGCGCUCCACAGCUCAUCAUGCCUAGCAUCAAGAUGCCGAGUCGAAGACCGUUUACCGACAGAGGCCUGGCCAUGGGACGGCUGAAGAUACUACUUGCUGGCAACUCAGGAGUCGGCAAGACUUCACUCAUUAAAUCAAUCGUGCAAACAUGUGCUGAUGUUGUGCAUGUUGAUUCCCUUCCAAACGGGUCGAGUUUUGACAGUCCUGCAAGCACCAGGACUAAGAGAAUGCGAAGCUUAGACCAAUCUUAUCACCAGCCAAUCACCGAGAUCUAUGCCAGCACGAAGCCAUACCCACAUUGGUGGGCAAAUGCACAAAAGUCUUCGCUUUUUCAAAGAAAGAGUAUGGGUGACACCGUCCUCGAGCGAAAUCUUUGCUUUGUGGAUACACCCGGGUACAGUGCUGGCAUGUCAAAGCUGGCGACCAUGAAUGAAGUCACAGAAUUUGUGGAAGAUCAGCUGCAACGAUCAUUCUCUGCGAAGUCAGGUGAGGGGGAUGUGGUAAGCCUCUUAAGUGGUCAUGGUGGAUCGCUAGUAGAUGUUGUCUUCUAUUUGAUAUCUCAAGACUUGACAAACGAAGACACCGUCUUCCUGCAGCGAUUAGCUGCUCUAACAAACGUGGUCAUUUUGAUAUCCAAAUCCGACAACCUUUCGCUUGAAGAGAUUGAAGUACUGCGACGUUCAAUAUCAAAGCGCAUACAAGACAAACAUAUCAAGACGUUUGUCUUCCCAAGCGAACACAUACAACAGGGCCCUUUCACCGUGUGCUCCACCCCAACAGAAGACGAUGACAACAUGGACGCAAGCCUAUUGAUGUCUUCUGAAUAUGUUGAGCCUUUAAUCCCAUCAGAGCUUGGUAUUCUGAUGGAGCAGAUGCUCUCGAAAGACGUCGUCGCCUGUCUACGGCAUCACGCAGCUACGAAGCUGAUGCAAAGACGUGGUAGCUUUUCGGCUCCGGAGACGCCUAAGUCGAUCGUUCGUGCUGCAUCGAAUCCGAUCUACGCAUCUCUUGAUACUUCUCACGGUGCUGAAUCAAGACUGUCACCCUACAUGCAAGCUCAAAUAACGGAUUAUACGCAGCACGAAGGACAAUUAGGGAGGCUCAGGCUUGCGAAAUGGGCUGCAGACUUGCAGAGGAGCUUACAAGACGAGCGAGCGAAAUACGAGGCUCUGGCAAAGGGCGAACGAACUGUGUGGCUUAACGAGAGACUUGAUGACUUAGACAAAAACGCCGAUUCAAUGGAUCGGAAGGGACAAGAAAGGCGGCGCGGCCACAAGAGAUCUGGCUCCGUAUACAAGUACGGCUUGGCAAAUUCCCAUGAUCCUCUAGGACUGCUUCGACUUGAUGAAUUUAUCAGGGAAAGAGGCUGGCUAGCACUCAGGAUCGCAGGCGGCUUCGGAAUUCUUGGCGCCGUUGCUGUUUGGUGUGCGAAAACUUGUGUUGGGAAUGGCGAGCGAAACUGGGCAUGGGUAAGAGAUGAGCCGUAA